CUUGGCAGAAGCGGCCGGACUGCUCAGUUUCUCCGACGCCGAGUCGUACGUCCGUGACAAUGCCGCGCGGAAGCCGAAGCCGCACCUCCCGCAUGCCGCCCCCGGCCAGCCGGGCUCCUCCGAUGAGAGCCGCUCCGAGGCCAGCCGCAGCAGCGCAGCCGCCAGCAGCAGCUCCACCAUCUGCAGUUGGCACGCCCGCAGCCGCACCCCGACAGCCAGGCCUCAUGGCCCAGAUGGCCACCACUGCGGCUGGUGUGGCCGUGGGCUCCGCCGUGGGCCACACGCUGGGUCAUGCCAUCACUGGGGGCUUCAGCGGAGGGAGCAACGUUGAGCCCGCCAGGCCCGACAUCACUUACCAGGAGCCUCAGGGAGCCCGCGCCGCACAGCAGCAGGAGUUUGGCCCGUGCUCCUAUGAGAUAAAGCAGUUCCUGGAGUGUGCCCAGAGCCAGAGCGAUGUCAAGCUCUGCGAGGGUUUCAACGAAGUCCUGAGACAGUGCAGAAUUGCAAAUGGACUACUCUAAUCAAGAAGUUCAGGAUGAAGGUAGAAAAUCGAGUUUCUCGACCAAGUUACUUUAGCAUAGCAGUGUAAUCGAUAGUCACAGUUGAGCUGUAAAGCCACAGGUCAGCCUGUCGUCUGCUUGGAAGAGCUCCCUUGGGUCCGCGUUGCGGCGCGAGAGGGCAUUUUUGCUGUGUGGAAACUUACUAAAUUGAAUUUGGGGCUAAGCAGAUGUUCAGGCACCUUGAACAAGCUGUUGUAAUGUUAUUGUUUAUGAUUAGAAUAAAGUGAUUUCCUUCCAA